AUCAAGAUGACCGACUCCGCCGGUGCGAAAAUGAACGCUGCGACCAUCGCCGAGCCCUUCAGCUUGGCCGUGCGCCAGUACAUUGAGCAGGAUAUGGGUGGCGUGGGUCCCAAGCUCGUGGGUUUGCUGGCUCACGGCGACCCGGCCGCCAAGAAGUACGCCGAGUGGACGGGCAAGGCCUGUGCACGCGACGGCAUCCGCUACGAGCUGCGCGAAGUGCCCAAGGACGAGCUGCUGGAGGCUUUGGAGAAGGCCAACAAAGACUCGGAUGUGCACGGUAUUCUCGUGUACUACCCGUGCUUCGGCGCCUUCCCGAGCUUCUUCGGUGGCACCAUGGACGAUUUUUUGCGCGACAGCAUCAGCAUUAAGAAGGACGUGGAAGGACUGUGCCAAUUCUACCGUGGCAACUUGUACCGUAACAUCCGCUACGUAGACGACGAGAAGACGCAAAAGUGCGUGCUACCUUGCACACCUUUGGCAAUUGUCAAGAUCCUCGAACACCUUGGCGUUUAUGACAAGACCAAGCCUACUGGCAACCACUUGUCAGGUGUUAACAUCACGGUUAUUAACCGUAGUGACAUUGUCGGCCGCCCAUUGGCUGCUGUGCUUGCGAAUGACGGCGCUGACGUGUACAGCGCCGACAUUGACUCGCUGUACCUAUUCCGUCGCGGUAAGCUCAUCCCGAGCGAAGAGACGCAGGAGACGGCGUGUAAGAAGUCUCGUGUCAUCAUUACUGGCGUCCCCGUUAAGAGCUACAAGCUGCCGCUUGAGUGGGUGAGCGAGAACACGGUCAUCAUCAACGUCGCGUCCUUCAAGAACGUGGACGAGGCCGAGCUGCUUAAGAUAAAGGGCGUGCAGUACGUGCCACUGGUGGGUAAGGUCACGGUGGCCAUGCUCGAACGCAACCUGCUGCGUCUGUACGAGAACUUCCACUGGAAGCCUAAGAAGGUCUGGCAGUAAGAGUGUGGAUGAGGAUAGAGAGAACACCUCGCUCACCGCUAAAAUGCAUAAAUCUUCCCCGUUACAGGGAAAUUUACA